AUGGGUUGUCUGAUAUCUCAGCUGGCCGCCAAAUUCGCUUUCUUCCCGCCGUCGCCGGCGACUUAUCAGGUGAAGAAGAGGGACGACGGCAAGCUGGUGGCCGUCUCGACGGCGUCGUCUCUGCCGAUAGCCGUCGACGACUCUUCCUUGGACGUGUUGUCCAUCCCGACCAAAAGGGGCAACAAGAUUGUAGCUUUUUACCUGAGGAACCCGUACGCUAGGCUUACCGUGUUGUACUCUCAUGGCAAUGCGGCCGAUCUGGGCCAGCUCUAUGAUCUCUUUGUUCAGCUCAAAGCCAAUCUCAGAGUUAAUCUUAUUGGAUACGAUUAUUCCGGUUAUGGUGCUUCUACUGGCAAGCCGAGCGAAUAUGACACAUAUGCUGAUAUAGAGGCUGUCUAUGAGUGCCUUCAAACCGAAUAUGGGAUUAGCCAAGAAGAUCUAAUUUUAUACGGACAAUCGGUUGGAAGUGGGCCCACAUUGCAUUUGGCAGCUCAGUUGCCGAGGUUGAGAGGUGUAGUUCUGCAUAGUGCUAUAUUAUCUGGCCUUCGAGUGCUUUGCCAUGUGAAGUUCACUCUCUGUUGUGAUAUAUACAAGAAUGUAAACAAAAUCCGCAAAGUGAAGUCGCCCGUGCUCGUUAUACAUGGUACUGAGGAUGAUGUCGUGAGUUGGUUGCACGGGAAUGGAUUAUGGGAAAUGGCUCGAGAGCCAUACGAGCCUUUAUGGAUAAAAGGUGGAGGGCACUGUAAUCUCGAGCUCUACCCGGACUAUAUCCGCCAUUUGUGCAAGUUCAUUCAAGAAAUGGAGAACAUCACAACCCUAGCCAGGCUCGGAAAAAUCCGGCUUCAUAAGAAGACAAAAACCUCAAACAGGUGCUGUAAAAUUAAAUGUCCUAAAUUCCCUAAGUGCCCGAACCUUAGUUGCAGCAUCACGAGCUGCUGCUGCUGCUGGUGGCCCAAAUGCUGGUCCAAGUGUCGAAAGCCCAAGUGGCCCACUUGCUGUUUCAAGCCCAAGUGCCCGAGCUGCACUUGCUGGUGCAAGAAAUGGUCUUGCAGGUGCACCGUUUGCUCGUGUUUGUGUGCUGCUAAGUGUUCUUGCUGGUGA